AAAGCCCCAAACGUGCCUCUUGGAGACGCUCUAACGAACCAGUUUUCUGCCAUUUUCGGUAUUCCUCGCCUUCCCCGGGUUUAACGAACCAGUUUUUUUCACUUUGUGAGAGAGAGAGAGAGAGAGACUGUGUGCUUCAAUGGCGUCAAUGGUGGCGAAGAGCUUCAGCUCCACUCGUUCCAUGAUCACUUCGCUGCGAUUCCCUUCUCUCUCUGCAAUUCGAGCCUUGUCUUCCUUUCUCGAUGCCAACAAUGACUUGUCUCCAGCACCUCCAGACCUCGACCAACAAGUCAACUUUUCACAAUCUCCCAAACCCUCUCUUCCUUCUCUCCAACCCUCACACGACGCCCAACUCAUCUCCCAAAUCCUCCUCCAACACCACAACCCUUUUCACACCAUGGAAUCCUCUCUCCAACUCAAUGGCAUCAUCACCCUCUCCCCCCAAAUCGUCCAUCAAACCCUAAUCCGCCUCAAAAACGUCUCCAAAAUCGCCCUCUCUUUCUUCAUCUGGGCCAAAUCCCAACCCAAUUACACCCACGACUCUACCUCCUACCACCUCAUCAUCGACAUUCUCGCCAAAGUCCGCCAAUUCGACGUCGCUUGGCAGCUCAUCAUCGAAAUGGAUCAACUCAAUGUUAAACUCGAUUCCACCACUUUUGGAAUUCUCAUCCGUAGGUUAGUCUCUGCUGGGUUGACUCGCCAAGCGAUUCGUGCGUUCGAUGAUAUGGAGUGUUUCAUCCAAAAUCAAGUCAAUUCUGAUGAUUUUUGUUUCCUUCUCGAUACCCUUUGUAAAUAUGGGUAUGUGAAAGCAGCUGCGGAGAUUUUCAAUAAAAGGAAGUGGAAAUUUGAGCCUGAUGUGAAAUUGUACACUGUUUUGAUAUAUGGCUGGUGUAAGAUCAACAAGCCACAGAUGGGAGAGAGGUUUUUUAGAGAGAUGGUGGAUCGAGGGAUCGAACCGAAUGUUGUUACUUAUAAUGUGCUUUUGAAUGGGAUUUGUAGGAAAUCGAGUUUGCAUCCGGAGGAUCGGUUUGAGAGGACCGUUCGAGCUGCAGAGAAGGUGUUUGAUGAAAUGCGUGAGAGAGGGAUAGAGCCUGACGUCACGAGUUACUCGAUUGUGCUUCACGUUUACAGUCGUGCGCAUAAACCUGCAUUGUCGCUCGAUAAAUUAAAGUUUAUGAAAAGUAAAGGGAUAUGCCCAAGUGUCGCGAUGUAUACUUCAGUUGUGAAAUGUCUUAGUUCGUGUGGGAGAAUCGAAGAAGCUGAGGAAUUGCUUGAUGAGAUGGUUUGUAAUGGGGUUAGCCCAUCUGCCGCAACUUAUAACUGUUUCUUCAAGGAGUAUAGGGGGAGGAAAGAUUCGGAUAGGGCUUUGAAAUUGUAUCGGAAGAUGAAAGAAGAAUCUUUGAACUUGCCUAGUUCACACACGCACAAUAUUUUAGUGGGGAUGUUCAUGAAGUUAGAUCGAAUGGAGAUUGUGAAAGAGAUUUGGGAUGAUAUGAAGGCUAGUGGGAAUGGACCGGAUUUAGAUUCGUAUACAUUGUUAAUUCAUGCAUUUUGUGAGAAACAGAAGUGGAAACAAGCUUGCAAGUUUUUCGUUGAAAUGAUAGAGAGGGGUUUACUUCCGCAAAAGGUGACUUUUGAGACUCUAUACCGAGGCUUAAUACAGUCUAAUAGGUUGAGAACAUGGAGAAGAUUGAAAAAGAAGCUUGAGGAAGAGUCUAUAACAUUUGGUUCUGAAUUCCAAGAAUAUCACUUCAAGCCUUAUAGGAGGUGACUUGACAUUGCCGUUAAAUGGAUUAAAAUCACCAUCAUUAGGUACAUUUUGCGCCUUUGAACCAGCCUUGUGUUUAGCUAUGUAUAGGACUUUUCUUUGGGAUGCCUGAUUGAUUGUAAUGGGAAUAACCUCUUCCCCUAAACAAGCGAGCACAUUAGAGCUUACAAUGUUGUCUAUGUUCAUUUCAUCUGUCUUAACUCCUUCAUCCUUGAAUCAGUCAACAAGGUAGGAAGACCAUUAAUCUAUAGUGGAAUAGUCUCAGUAGUCUGUAGUGGGUGAGUAGAGUCUGCGUUUUGGUGGGCACCGGACAGAGCAAGAAGUAGCUCUGUCAACAUAAUUCUUUAAAUACCCAAUCUGCUCAGGAACAGCACAAUGAGCAUGUGCUUGUGAAGUGAGGUGAGGUGAGUAGAGCAGCUCAGGAAGAGCACAACUCUGACUAGUGAAGUGAGGUGAGGCGAGGCGAGGCAAUUAGCUCAAUUGAAAGAGAGAGCGUAGUCGAUUUGUACUCCGCAUUGCUUGUGAAAAUCACUUAAUAAAAUGACUCAAAUCAUUCUACUAAAUAAUCUCAUUUUACUUGAUCAAUAAUGAAGCUUUUGACCUUUGUAUUCGUUCGCCAAAUCUUGUUUAGUUCCGUCAGCUCAAUUUUGUCAAUUUGAUGGCACGUAUGGUUGGUGUGAACAAUCAAGCCCAACAAGUGGCGGGCCGAGUUCAACUUUUUGAUAAAUUUUAGUAUAUUGUCACGGUUUUCGUUAUUUCCAAGCACUCCGUGCAGCACUUAGACAAUCAAAAGGUUUACUUGUUGAUGUUAAGUCAGCCCAACUCACAAACUUGCAAGAAAGACAAGUAAGAAGACAAAGAGAGUUUGAGAGAAUGUCCUUGUAUUCACUCUGAGAAAGCUUGUACAACUCUUGGAUAGAUUGAAACAAAUGAGUUC